AGUGUGCACAUUAGUGUGCCGUGAGCGCUCUUCAGGUGUGCGGUGGGAAAUGAUAGAAUUUUACUUAAUUGCUGAAAAAAAAAAGAUCUAUUUACAAGAAAUAAUGUAUCUUUGUUCCUCUCUUUAUUGCCUGUGAGGCUUAUUGACAGACAGAGCAAAUAAAUGCUCUGCUAUUAGAAGGCAGGAUGUACAUGCAGUAAUUACUGUGUAUCCACUUUUUGUGAGAUUUUUCAAUUGUAAAAUAUGUGCCCAGGCACCAUAAAGUUUGGAAAUGACUAGUGUAGUCACUGAUUGUGUAGUGGUACAUUCACCUGACUUUGGUGCAGACAGCAUGGGUUUGGUUCCCACGGUGUGAACGUGUGUCUGGAUGGUUGUCUGUCUCUUUAUGCGCCCUGCGACUGACUGGUGACCAGUUCAGGGUGUAGUCUGCCUUUUGCCCAAAGAAAGCUCCAGCACCCUGUGACAGGCAAUAUUUUAGUCACUUUCUGCUGGAUCUCAUGGUGUCGGCUAGCAUUAUUUUGAAGCACUCGUUGUCAACAACGAGUGUUUCUUGUUGUUGUGAGAAAAAAACAGUCCUCCCACUCUCAUUUGGUCAUCUUUCAAUGCUGCAAAGAGGAAAAUACACUUACAAAAACACAGCCAGUAAAAAUAGUAUUCCAAUGAGCAUUACAGUACUUACAGUGUAGUAUUUUGUAUGUUAAAUGUUGUACAACAUUUCUCUGAAUGUCCUGAUGAUGCUACCCACAGAGAAUCUGCUCGAAUUGGGCUGGACUCUUUUGUCCCACUUCUGUCAUUGUCAUCCCAUGAUCAAGGACAAUAGUUACCCAAAUGUCAUCGGUUUUGAUUUUUCUUGGUCUUCCUCAGCCUCUUCCUGGACGCCUUCGUCCUUGUCCGUCACCUCUCAUAUCAACUUCUAUGCCUCUCUGUAUGUCCAUUGUGGAGGGAAGCAUAUUUGCCAACUGUACACUGUGAACUGGAUUCAAUUUAUUCAUUUUAACCUUUAUUUAUCCAGGUAAGCUAAUUGAGAACAGAAUGUCAUUUGCAAUGCCGAACUGAAUGCAGACAGCAGAGUAAAACUACAUUACAACAUUUUAUCCUGCCCAUUUGCUCUAAUCACAUCCUUGGAAACCUGUGCGUUCAAUUCUGAAUUGUUGUGUUGAAGUUGUGCUCAUAAUUUCCUGCCAAUGUUUUUUUACAACACGAUGUGAAAUGUGUUUAGUGACUGUGAAUGUGUUUAAGAUUUUGCAAAAAAGUUUGAGUUUUGCAACUUUUAGGCCAAGUACCUGAACAGUGUGUUUAAGGUACGGCUGGGCGAUUAUAUGAUUGCGAUCGCAGAUCGUGAUAAAUUUUCUGUCGAUCUCAGUGAUCAGCUGUGUGCGUAUUUACGCCACCUAACAUGGCGAGAAUGUGCGUGACAACAGCCAAUCAGAAUCAUCCUUUUCCUGUUCCACUUCCAUUUGCAAGUUGUGGGAGUAAACAAAAACUGCGCCUGCUGGGCUCACCCGCACCGUAGAGAAAUUGAAACUCCCGGUCCAACUCAACCGUCGUCACAAGGUGCACACGCAGCGUCGUCGGCGCCCUGGCGAUGAAGGCGGCCAGCCGCUCCGCGAGUUUCCAACGCAGGUUGUGUGGCAGUGUCUCCAAAGCGACAUGGAACAAUGCUAUUAACGAGCUGAUGUGCAAAGCAUGUCGGCGUCCUCAAAAAACAGGCAACACUGUGUUUAUUCCUUUGAAGAAGUAUUGAUUGUGGAAAGCAUAAAAAUGCAAGCGCAGGCAGUACAUCCUGUCACUCACUGCUGCCAUAUUUUCACGACCACAAGUCGCACCAUAUUAAAAGGCGCAGUCUCAGUUACGGGGUCUAUUUCUGUAUUUAACACAUACAUAAGGCGCACCGUAUUAUUGGGCGCAGACAUGGUAAAACAUACGCUAGCUUAAAUCAUACGGUAGCAUACAUGCACGCUAAAACAUACGAGCGCAUGCAUGCUAGCGUAUGUUUUUAAAAAGGCAGCGGGAGCAAAACUGAGUUCGGUUGUACUUUAUUGAAGUAUUUGUAGUGCUGUUAACAAAAGGUGUUAAUAAAACGUUGAGCUUCAGUACUCUCUAGCUGCUUUAGUUUUCAGCACAGCUGCUUUAAAACCCAUUAAAAAUGUUUUUAAUCAUAAAAAAUGUUGAUAAUAAUCGAGAUCGGAGGAUAUAAAAAAAUGAAUCGCGUUAACUUUUUUUGACAGAUUGCCCAGCCCUAUUUUACUGUAAGGGUUGGCCAAAAGAGUUUUUGACUUGAAAAUGAGUUUAUAGGCCACUGAGGAUUUGGCUCAGAGAAUGGGAUUUAGUUUUUGAACAAUUGUCAUCCCCCACCCUCCAGCGUGGCAUCACCAGCGAGGUUGGCCCAGGGCAUCAACACACCUUUGUGUGCCACUGGAAGACAAAGAGAGAUGGGAUUGAGGGAGAGAAGAAAGAGAGGCAGAGGAUAAAGAUAAUAGAGAAGUGUAGGAUUGAAAGAGAGAGAGAGAGAGAGAAGAUAGAGCGUGAGAUAUGAUAAAGAGAGAGGGAGGGAGAUGAAGAGGAGUGUGAGCAUUACUGCGUUGCGCUGCAGUGGUGCUCUACUGCAUUCCUAGUGUGUGCGUGUGUGUGCACGUGUGUGUUUGUUGGCGGUUGGAAUGGUUGUGAUCGGCGCAGCCAUUAAAUGUGUCUUCAAGUAUCUCAAAAAGAACACAGAAAAAGACGGCGAGCGCUGGUCCGUUCACUACACUUCGCAGAAGCCCCAACAGGGGGCGCGCUUCAUUCCUGCCGAAAAGCCCCACGCCAACACUGAGGACUUGCAAGCAUAUAGCGGGGUGACUCAGCAUGGAGACAGCAAAGCCAGCACCUCUCUGCUCUGCACCCCGUGCCCCACCUCCUGCUCAUCCUCUGGACUCCACCAAUCAGAGGGCAGGGUGCACAAGCGAUGGAGAGACAAAAGGAGGAGGAUGAGGUCCACAUUUUGGGACGUUCUCUCUUUGUCGUGCUUUUCCGUUUGUCUCGAGUGGUCAGUGUGGAGAAGAAAGUCCUCAGCCUCCUCAGAUGAAGAGGAAACGGUCAUCCUCCACGACAAGCGUCCUCUGACCCCACUUGUCCUCAACCCUAUUGAUCUCACCUCCUGUUGGGACGUCUUUGCUUGUGAGACGGAGCUCUGUGUCAAAGCAGAGCUGAACCCCCGACUCCCGACCCCAGAGGAGAGGAUGAGGCAACAGGCGGAUGCGGUGACAGCUGAAAUAGUUCCUAUCAACAUAACAGGUCAGAGUUUUGAUCGCCAGGCCAGCUUCCGAAAACUGGCUUGCAACACGGACACCUCAUCACGCCACCCUCGGAAUCCAAGCCGCCGCAUUACAGUCACUGGGAACCCUGUUGAUGUCAUCAAUAAAUUGGGUACAGGCUCCACUCUCGAGUGCAGCGAUCGCCAACCACUUUGCAGCCGUGAGAGCUCAUCAGAUUCGCCUGCAGAUCAUCUCUCCAAACGCUCCCUAUUUGGCCAACAGGAAGAGGAGGAGUUGGUCAGGAAGAAGAGAGAGUGGUUGGCGAGGAAGAUCAGAGCCCCGAGAGGGGAGGGGAUUGCCAGCCUCAUGUUGUCCCUCACCUCAGCACGUGUUGACGGCCUCUCCUGCUCCUCUAACGUCCGCAGCCUGCCCCGCAUGGCCACCAGCUCCUCUCUGGACUCAGAUGCCAGCUGGAACAGUGUCUCCUACAGGACACUCAGCGCCAGUUCAUCCUGUUCCCAGGAUUUCCCUAGUGACCUUCAGCCCCUAUUGCCCUGUGACCUAAGCAAAAGGGUCAUACCUAAGUGUCCUUCCCCCUUACAUCUCAGCACUCCUGCCUGCGCUUGUGGUGGCCAGUGUCAAAACUGCGACCACUACCGCUCCCCUUCCACCUCCAUUGCAGAUGCAGAGUCUCAGGAUGGGGAGCCAACCCUCUCGCGCUGCGGAAGCCGUUGGUCAUUCCAGCCCCCUUACCCAAGCAGCCCAAUUGGUGGUGACUGGACCAUCAACCAGGAGACAAGUCCUGUUUCCCUGGUUUCUCCUGGUUACUCCUCUCCUUGUAACUUGGACUUGAUGUACCCAGAGGAUGUGACCUUGUCUUCCUCACAGAGUCGAAAUAGAUCGUCCAGCACCUCGUCCUCCUGUCGCAGCAUCUCCCUCCGCAAAUCCAAGCAUCCGCCUCCACCACCGUUACGGUCCGAUUCACUCCAGCGCAGAAUAGGCCGCAGCAAGUCAUGUCGUUCAUCAUCCAGCCCCGGUAUGGAGCACGGUCCUCGCUCAUCAGCCCAGACCUUGCAUGAUCCCUGGGUGCCUCGGAGCCAUACCAAGCCACACCAGAAUGGGAUUGACUGUGGCACGGUCACUACCUUUGAAUCUUUAAGUGUAGACUGGCAUGCAGCUUCAUCAGACAAACUCCCUUUAGCCCCUAGCUGCAGUCUUGUCCUCACCCCUGGUUCUCCUGUCUCAAAAGAGGGGGGACGUCUCUCUAGUGGUUACUCCAGCCAAUCCAAUAGCCCUCCUACGGGCACACCUCCAGGAGUCUGCUCUCUUCCCCAAAACUCCCAUUUCUUUUCCACCUGCGCAUCCUCCCUCGUUCUGUCUCCCAAAAAGUCAAAACCCCACCCACCGGAUAGGAGGUCCUCUCUCUUCUCCUCCAUUUCCUCCUCCUUUUCCUCCACCUCUUCCUUGUCAUCCUGCUCCUCCUCCAACUCCUCUGCCCAGUGCAUUCAUCCCCCUGCCCCUUUUCUCCCAACUCCACCUCCUCCCCCUCCUCUCCCACCUUCUCCUCCCCACCCCCCUCCUCUCCAACUGUUCUCUCUUCAUCCCACUCCUCUGCCAGCUUCUUCUCUUCCUUCUCCCUCUCCUCUCCUACCUUCUUCUCAUCCUCUUCAGCCUGCUUCUUUCCAGCCGUCAUCUCUUCAUCCUACUCCUCCACCACCUUCUUUUCCUCCUCACUCCACUCAUCCACCACUUUCUCUUCCUCCUCCCCCUCCUCUCCCACCUUCUUCUCUUCCUCCUCCCCCUCCUCUCCCACCUUCUUUUCUUCUUCAGCCUGCUUCUUUCCACCCAUCAUCUCUUCAUCCUACUCCUCCUCCACCACCUUCUUCUUUUCCUCCUUACUCCUCUCAUCCCCCACUUUCUAUUCCUCCUCCCCCUCCUCUCCCACCUUCUCUUCCUCCUCCACCACCUCCUCUGCCACCUUCUCUUCCUCCACACACCCCUCAUCUCCCACUUUCUUCUCAUCCUCCUCCCACCACUCUGUCAGCUUCACAUCGUCCUCCUCCUCCUGCUCUCCUACCUCCAGCCCUUCCUCCUUCCUUAUUGCAGUCAUCAAUACCUCGACCUCGUCCAGCUCCUUUGGCCUUUCGACCUCCUCCUCCUCCAUAUUCCCAUGCAAUCAAACAGUCCUCCCAUCACAUGCUGCUCCUCUCAACAUGUCCUGCUGUCACCUGCCCAUCCGCCAGGUUACACCCCCCACCGGGCCUCGACACACCCUUGAAUGGCAAUGUGAAAGGGUUAAACCUAUUCACCUUCCCCCUUGUCACUGCGCAGGCUUUGCAGAGUGUCAAGCUUCGCUCCAUUACAACCCAAGAAGUCCUACCCUCGAAGAGCAUGCUAGCCACUGCCAAGCUUUCUGACAGUCGUCGGCUAGAUGUUGCUCUGAGCCUUGAUACCCCAAAGCAACAACAACCUGGAAUAUUGUCCGGAUGUAAGGUGGUGCUCAAGAAUGAGUCUGUUUACACUCAUAUCUACACUGCGAACCAAGAUGAUCAUCUUAUAAAUGGCCAAAUACAUUCAGGGGCUUCUAAUGCCAGACUGAUGAAUAAUCUAAGACAUGAGGGUUCCUGUGUGAAAAUGUCUGAUGGUACCUCCAGAAAACAGCACACCCAGACCCAGGUAUUAUCAGAGGCCAAGUUAAGCGAGUCGUCAUACGGGUCGGAAAAUUAUAACUGUCAUAGAACUGGUGACUUAACAUGCCGUCCAUGUGAGGUUGUGAGCUUGAGGAAGAACCCCACCCUCCCAAAGAAGCCCAAUCUUAGCAUUCAGGGUGUGAUUGCAUCUCCAGAGUACAGAGGAGAGCCAAAAGAGGACCUUGCAAAUCAAAAAUGCUUUGUGGAGCCGAUUGGUACCAAAGAAUGUGCAGUUGAAGCCACAGGUAACACGUUGCACAGUGACACCUCAUCAAACAAUAAAAGCAGCCGUUCCUCGAGCAGGCUGGAUAAAGUUCAGUACUCCUUCGAUGGCACCGCCAAUGGCCCGUGGUGCGCUUUUGACACUUUAACACGUUCUAGAGCUCUAGCAGUCCAAAUGGGUACUGGGACACCACUCCAGCAAGAAGUGGACAGACAAGGUCACAGAAGAAUGAUGAGGUUACUGGGUAAGGAUGAGGAAGAAGGUGAAGAGCGGAGAAAGACGACCACGAUGUUUGCCACUACCAAAAAGGACAAAACAAGGAAGAAGAGGAAGACAGCAGCAAGACACCUGCUAAUGAUGUCAUCAAGUAGGGUUUCUUCAUCCUCUUCAUCAUCCUCAUCUUCAUCCUCAGACGAAGAGGUGGAGUCACAGACAAGGGAGAGCAGUUUUUGUGCCCCGAUUGGUCUAAGAAGCUGCUCCUUGAGCAGUGUGUUGUCCAGUGACAACCUACAGGGGGCAGCAUCACUGAGUGAUCUCCUCAUAGAAGAGCCCCAGGAAAAAGUGGAGCAGGGUGACGGUGGGCGUUCUCAUGCUGGCCUCUACACAGGUGGGUCAGCGGGACCACCAACAACCGAGGACCUCUUCACUGUCAUCCACAGGUCAAAGCGGAAGAUGUUUGGACGAAGAGAUUCUACUGGUCUGACCUCGGCCGACCACCGACCCCGACCGACGCCGCAAACCUUUGUAACCCUCAAAGGUAAAAGACAGUCGAAAAGCGACAACUUCAAAGCCCUACUGCUGAGAAAGGGGACUCGCUCGCACUCGUCCUCCCGUAUAUCGGCUGUCGAGCGUCUUGGAGUAGUUGUUUCUCCUGCUGCCUCCGGCCCCCGGCAUGCCCAUACCCAAGCCACAUCCUUGUUCCAAACCUUGUGGACAGUCAACACUCGCCUGACUCUUAAUGGGUCGCAAACAUACCUGAAUGUGUCCGCCCCCUUGCCAAAGAGGCAAAAAGGGUUGCCACUCUUCUCCUUGCCCAUCUUCCUUCCUUCCUCUCUUGCCACGCAACCUCGCCUGCACACUGCUCAGUGGUCAGCGAGUCGGCGUAUGCCUGCUCCCCACCGCCACUUUGGUGGCCCCAUGACUGCAAUCUAUGAGGAUGAAGGAGAAGACGAGUAAGAUGUCCCCUACUCGCAAAACGUUCGGGACAUUUGGUUUUCAGGUGAAAUUUCACGAUGAGCCUCUAUCAUAUAUCUGUAUCUACUCUAAGAUCACUUCCCUCGGAGAACAAUCUAUUUUAAGCCUUGUGUAGACUAGAAGAGUCAGAGAAAGGAAAGUGGACGUCAUUGGAAAUACAAAAUAAAAAACAUUUUGUACAUUUUGCCAUUCAACUCCUCGUUAGAGAACAAAGUUGUGCAAAAAGUAUUAAACACAGUUGGACAUUCGUUCAAAAGUUUAAAAAUUAAGUUAAUCUGUAAAGGUUAUAGUGAAUUUUAGGGUCAUCCUGAAAUUUCACCCAAAAACAAAAAACCCUUAUGUAUCCCUUCUAAAGUCCCAGAAGCCUCGUGAUCAUAUUUGAUCCUAUUUUUCAAUCUCAUUAUCUCUUUGCUGCGUCCACUUUGGCAUGAGAUCAGUGUUUGCACAUCAUCAUAAUUUUCUCAAACAUGCUUGAAUGAUUGCUGCUAUAGUGUAAUGUAAUAUAAAUAUGUCAUUUCAUAAUAUUUGAACAAUUGUAAACAGCUCUCUCGGUUUUAUCUCUGCUAUACUGGACUUGUAGUCUAUUUGCACAAAAUUAACCAGGGUGAAACCUGUGACCAUUUUAGCAGCAAUAAAUAUGAAUUGGAAGUUUUAAACAGCAAUAAAUGGGAUAAAUAUGAAAAGGUAUUGUAAAUAUAUAUAUAUAUAUAAAACUUAAUAAUAAAGAUUCAUUCAUAAGAUUUAUAAAUAAGAUUCAUUCAUAAGAUUUUAAUUAUUUAACAUACAUUAGUCACCCGGUGACGCACACUAAUAAUGUACAGACAGUACCUAGGUAUUAUCAUUGUACAGCGUCAGGGGCGUCACUAGGUUUUAUGAACGGGGGGGCUUAGCCGCCAGGGGAUGCACAGGAUAUGAGCGAACGCAGCACGUGAGCACAAAUUUCACAAACAGCUUAAUAUUGUUUUUCAGUGGAUUGACAAAAGAUACAAUACUGUGUACAAGUUUUACGCCACUGUUACAUCUAUUCAUUCAUUCAUUCUCUGUACCACUUUGCCUCCUGAUGGGUCGCGGGUGUGCUGGACCCUAUUCCAGCUGACUUUGGGGCGAAAAGCGGGUCACACCCUGAACUGGUCACCAGCCAAUUGCAGGGCACAUAUAAAUAAACAACCAUUCACACUCACGUUCACAACUAUGGACGAGUUGUAGUCUUCAAUUAGGCUAGCAUGCAUGUUUUGGGUAUGUGGGUGGAAACCAGAGUACCUGGACAAAACCCCAUACGGGCACAGGGAGAAUAUUCAAACUUGUUGAGAGACACCAUGUCCUCAGUUGAUGUGCAUUAUUAUGCUUGGGCCACAGUGAGGCGCUAGGACUCAUGCUAUAGGACGCACCCUUGUGUCAUCGUCUUUUAUUCUUGCUUCCCUCCUGUGUGUCAGCAGAGUUCUCUGAUGCUUCAAUUCUUUGAUGGCUGUUUGAUUUGAGCACAGCGCCUUAAUAAAUUUCCCAUGCUUUGAUUUAUAUUCUCAUUUUCUCCAUCAUCCAUUCAUCCAAAUGCAACCUUAAGCUGCAGCAACUUAACAAAACUCCACACAGGAAGGCCAAACCCCAAAACACAGAACUUUGAAGCUUGAGCGUCGUAGUCUUUCAAGUGAUACAGUGAGUGAGCUCGAUCUUGUGAAACAGGAAUUAUCAUGCAAAAGAGAAAUCCAGUCCAGACUUUACUGCCACAGAGUCAAACAAAACAAAACAAAACAAAAACUCCUCCCAUGGCAAAAUAAGCAUCUCUCACAGUAGCUAUAAUACAAGAAAAUCAUUUAAAUCACCGAGUUGGCAUGUCUGCAGGAAGAUAGCAUCUUCCAGGAAUUUUCCUCCUGAGGGAAUGCAUAUGUUCCAAGUCCAACACUGGAAAAAAAAAAAAAAAAAGUCACUUGAAUUUACUUAAUUUCGGUUGCACAUGAUUAAAAUUGUUAAUUUGACAAUUUCUUUUAGGAGAAGAGGGGUAAAUUAUGUCAUUGAUAUAUUUGUUUAGGGGAAGAGGAGUAAAUUAUGUCAUUUUAACACAUUUUAAUCAUGUGCAACCGAUGUACAGGUUCAAAUUUAAUAAAUUCAAAGGACUCUUUUUUUCAUUGAACUCUCAGUGAAACUCCAGCAGAGAUGACGCAGUGUUACCCCAAACAGGUCUUUGCGCCACUUUUACGCUGGCAAAACAAUGUUGGCAAGCUCCCAUUUGUACUUGUACAUUUGUCUCCAUGCACAAUUGUCUUCUACGCCCCAAGCCAGCAAUUGUCACUCGUCUUAUUACUUCCUGAAAGCCGCAUUUCAGACUGCGCGGGGCCAAAAGUCGAGUUGCGACUGACUCAUUGAAUGGCUGUGGGACGGAAUCAAAAAGACGGGCCACAUAAGAACCACACAUAGCUCAAGGAACAAAUAUAUUAUUGAAAAAACACCCGAGUUUCUCCGCUACAGAAAACGCAAAAUAAUGUUUAGUUAGCUUUUUACAAAUAGUUGACAAUGAGAUGCGCUCUCCCCAUUGCUUGGUAAAAUCCAUAAUUUCCAGUCGUACUUAAAUUUUGGUGCGCCAGGAUGUCCAGCGCGCAGGAAUAAUGUAUCGCCGGUGGACAUGAAAUAUACAGUAAAACAUCAAUAAUGAAAAAUAGAGCAAGAUGUUAAAGAAGCUGAUAAGUUUAAUCAGCAUUGUGUUAUCUCCUCUAGUAGUGGGUUGGGUGAAAAUAUCAUUUUUUUUUUUUUUUUUUUACAAAAUCAGUUUCUGCAUCCUGAUUGAAUGCCUCAAUUCAAUUCAUUGUGCUACUCCUUCUGGUGUGCAGUAUAAUGCAGCCAUACAGACACAAACAAAGAAGAAGAGUUUCACAACUACUGUAAGUGACUCAGUAAGAUGCUUUAUUAGUAUUUUUUUGUCGAGAAUAAAGAAUAUAUGCCUGUGA